CCCCGCGCGCCCCCCGCGCCCCCCGCGCCCCGCGCCAUGAACCUCAGCAGCAGCAGCAGCGCUGCCGAGAAGGCGCCCGCAGCCGUGCUCUGGGGCUGUGAGCUCAACCAGGAGAAGCGGACCUGGACGGUCAAACCCCAGAAGGAGGGCAAGCAGGACUCGAAGCUGUUGCUCUGUACGAUUUGCUUGGGGGAGAAAGCCAAAGAAGAGAUGAACCUGGUGGAAAUCCUGCCCCCGGCCAGCCCGGACGACAAACAGGCCAAGCCCAUCACCAUCGCCUCGCUGCAGGCCUCCGUGCUACCCAUGGUUGUCAUGAUGGGAUUGGAGCUUUCUCUUCCAGUUACUUUCCAGCUCCGGGCUGGCUCUGGACCUGUGUUCCUCAGUGGCCAGGAAUGUUACAUAGACACUGCAGACGUAUCCUGGGAGGAAGUGGAGGAAGACCCCGAGGAGGAGGAGGAAGAGGAGGAGGAAAGUCACAGUGAUGAGGUUGAUGAUGACGACGAUGACGACGAUGAUGUAGAUGUGUCCCUAGAGGAGACCCCUGUUAAACAAGUCAAGAGGCUGGCGUCCCAGAAGCAGACAAGUGUUGCCAAGAAAAAAAGGAUGGAAAAAGAAGAGGAGGCAGUGAGACCCAGGCUUAAAGACCAGAGUCCUGUGAAAAAGGCCAAACCCACACUCAAACCUAAAAAGCCAGGAUCCAAGAAAUGAGGAGCCAGGAGUGGCCUGGCUGCAGCGACCCAGGGCGAGCUGGCUAGCUGUGACCCCAGGUCUCCCCCACCCAGCCUCUCUCCACCUGAGUCUGAAUGGGAUGGAGCUGCUGAGGCCAACACGAGAGGCCCUCGCCCCAACUCUCAAGUGUUCAGCGGGACCGGGAGCUCCAACCUCAGGGCCAUUAAUAAAGUUUGCUUUGCCAGGA